AUGAGACUGAGAUACUGUGAAGCUUGUCAAACAUACACCAUCAAAUACGUCUGCGACAAUAAGAGCACAACUUGUGAAAAGAACCCAGUUGCAACUCGUCCAGCUCACCCAGCCCGUUUCUCUCCAGCUGAUACCUACUCUCAAUAUAGAAUUGACUUGAAGAGAAAGUACGGACUUUUACCAACC